GGUUCUUUGGAUGCAGUCCCCCAGGACGUUCUUACCUUGUGGACCUUAUGGAUCUUCCCCCAUGAGAUGUCCCUUCUAGUCCUUAAAAACAUAUGUCUAAAUAUGUCUUCACCUGCCUCAUACAGCCUUGUGAAUAGGUCAGAUUUUGCUGCUCAUAGCACAGCAUACCAUGCUUUGCUUCUUUCCAGAAGUCACUGGCUUCUUUUGCUAGCAUUUGAGGAAAUGAGACGUCUGGUCCCAGGAGAGUAAAUGUCAGCACAAUCUGGUUCUUACAGUGAGAAAGAAUACAUUAGGCAAGUAAUAUUUUUCCUUCAUUUAUAAUUUAAAUAAUGUAUUUACAGCUAGUGUGCCCUGUCUCCAAUCCUGUUUAUAUUUUCUUACAAAUGUUAACAUUUGUAGUGAUAGUGUCUCACAGCAUCUGAUGGUAUACUUCUGGUCUGACAGGGACUGAAUUCAAUCAACCAAACUUUAAUUCCUAAAGAUAAAGAUCAGAGUAGAUGGUGUCAUUUCACAAUUUCUUUGUUUCCCUAAUCAAUCCUUUUAACUGAGUAAUCUUGGUGUAGAAAAGAUAAAAAGCUUUAGCUUCUAAAAAGCCUCUGUGUGAAACAAGAAAGUCCAAGGAUCAAAAGACAAACAGCCCCUGCUCCAACAGGCUUGGCAAGUGUCUGUUUGACAGGUCCUGAAUAGUUGGUCCAUCACUGGGGCUAGCAGAAGAAAGGGACUUGAUUUUUGUUUGAUUUCUAAAUAAAUGAGCAAACAAUAAUGACAGAAAAAACACAUUGAGCACAUUGACUACAUCAGCAGAUAAAAGUUUUUCUGUUUGGAAGUUCACUCAAAACUACAUAUCAACAUGAAUAAUUAAUCUUUAACUGAAAUUUGAAUAAAUCUUUAUAGGCCAAAUAUGUGUGGAUAGUCAUAUUGUGGUGCAGAUGCAUUUAAUAUUAGCUUUUCAUAUGACAGUAUUUCCAAAAAGUCAGAAUUAUGAGGAGAUAUAAUGUGACUUUGCAAGGCUUUCUCAGUGAGAUAGGUAUUGCUUUUUUUGACAAAAAUGUCUGGAAAGUGCCUCACCUUUUUGAAAGUACUCCUUUCCAUAUUGCAUUUUAAUAUCAUGGAGAAGCUUACUUCAAAUAAUUUAUUUCUCUUUUGUAAUCUUUGCUGGAUUACAUAAUGCUGUUUUGAACGGUCUGGGUUGAACACAACAAACCUUUACUCCAAAAGCUUUCAUAUCUUUCCUGAAGGCAGCCCUAUGAUUUCAUUGCUUUAGACAAUAUUUAUACUGUUGGACUUUUUGCUAUACUAAUACUUCUGUCUUUAUAUAGCACUCAGCUCACAAAUACUGCAAGGUUCAUUCAUGAUUCAUUUGAAUUUUCAGCUUGUUAUCCAUAAAUGAAAGAGGGGUGAGCUAUCUUACCUGCUUCCCAGAGUGAGAAUGUGCAUGUACAGUAGCUGACAGUGUAAUUCACAUCCUAGUUCUCAAUGCAGUAGGUCAUUAGUUAUCUGACUUUUCUGAAAGGCUGGCUGGCUGCCUAAAUGCAAGUAUGUAGAACCAAUUUACAUCUCUUAGGAAAUCCCUUCUUUAGGGAGGACUUCUGGCUGGUGGUAGGGUUUCUUCUGGCCCAUCUGGUAUCUAUCAGUCCUGUGUAAAUGUUCUGGUGUCUAAAAUGGCACUAUAUGUUUUUAGACACAGAUGACUGCAGACAGACCAGACCUUUAGAUUUUGCAAUGUAAAGAUCUACAUGUAUUUUUUAAUAGAGGCCACAAAAAAACCAAACCAAAACAAAACAAAAAAAAAAACCCACAAAACCAAAACCAAAAAACCAAAGUACUCAUCAAGAGUGUGCCUGUGAACUCUGCUAAAGUACCUUGAAAACCAAAAGCAUUGCAUUGCCUGUGGCCAUGUUGCUCCUGAAGAAGCUGUCAGUGGGGAUUGAAAUAAAGCAGAGUUCUGCUCAUCAUAUAAUUUUUCUUCCAGCUUUCCACUACCAUGAAGGAAACUGUCCCUGUAUUGCAAGUAACUAUUUUACUCUGGUUCUGUGCUGUGGUGCACUAGAUUAUUAUCACUGUGAUGUUAUCUCCAAUAGUGUUAUUCUCAAAUUUGUGCUAUGUACAGUGGUAUAGCUGGAGACUUCUUUUUAUAAAAUAGUUGGAGGAGACACUGGGUUUGCACUUAGUUGUGCAGUUGUUGUAAACACAGUAAUGAUGCUAACCAAGGAAAAUUUUAUUUCUGCUUACCUAUGUUUAAUUGCGACACACUUUUGGGCAUGAGGCUUUAUUGCAGGGAGUGAGAGAGCACAGAAGACUUUAAGAGAACUGACAAUCACUGUGAUUGAGACAUAGUCUUUCUAUCUUGUCCUGUCAGUCAGGGCCCUCUGUAGUGAGAACUGAUUUCAGAGAGGAGCUAAACCCUGUUUGCCAUUUCCCUCUAAGCUAUGUGGUGAUAUUGUCUGAGGUCAUAGCACUGUCUGUCCUCAUCAGUGUCCCUUACUGAAAAAUCCAUGGAGGAGCUGUAUCCAAUGAGAAUUCACUACUACUCAGGAACUUCCAGGCUGUAAAAUCUUCAUUUCAAAGGAAAAACUGGAAAAAGCUAGAAGCCAUGUGGAGAUGGGCAAUCUUAGCUAGAAAACCAAGCUUUUGAGCAGGUUUUUUAAUUUGAAUUCAGCUUAAUCUCUGAACCAAUUAUCAUGUUAUUCAGCUGAUGUUGCAAUGUACAGUGGGGACAAGAGCAUACACAAUUAUUGUCUGGCAAAUAAAGUUGCUGAUAAAAUUAUGCUAUAAUAAUUCUUCCUGUGCAUUCAACUGUGAAUUGUUUUCCAAAGAACUGUCUGGUCUCCUCAUGUAUAAUUGUUUUCCAAGUGCACUAACUUUGUUUUGAGAUUGCAUUAGUCAAAUUUAAACCCUCCAUUAGAUGUCAAUGAACUGAAAACAUUGUGACCGCAUGGUUAUUGACCCAGGUGCAAAUAAUCAGUGCCCAAUUAAAAGAUUCAGUUCUGACAAAUGGGUUAAAAUAAUGAAAAUAUGCUGGAAAAUGCUUGACUGCUUCACUGACUAAUUGAACAGAGUCCUUGUAAUUUGUUUAUGACCCUAUGAUUUUUCACAGCCACAGGACUUUUGAUUGAAGUAAACAAUCAUGUCUGACCCAGUAGUUCUGCGCAGCAUCAAGAGACUGGGAGAGGAUAAUUAUGCUUUUGACUCGGAUGGGAAACGUAACAGCUUCAAGAAAUCAGAAAAUUUCUACGCAUAUGAAGAACCUUUUAUAGAGAAGAAAAGUGAAAUGUCGUCAGAGAAGAAAGAAAACAGUGUUCGUGUUGGCUUCUUUCAGCUGUUUCGUUUUUCAUCAUCUGUGGAGAUUUUAAUGAUGGCUGCUGGUAGUUUGUGUGCUAUUGUUCAUGGAGUAGCCCAGCCAGCUGUGUUGCUUGUAUUUGGUGCAAUGGCAGACACAUUUAUCGAAUAUGACAUUGAAAUGCAAGAGCUUAAAGACCCAAACAAGACAUGUAUAAACAACACCAUAGUGUGGAUUAAUGGUACUAUUCAUCAGAAUGAAAAGAACGCCACAAUAAGAUGUGGGCUGUUGGACAUUGAACAUGAAAUGACCAAGUUUGCAGGAUACUAUGCAGGAAUUGGUUGUGCCAUACUUAUAUUAGGAUACCUCCAAGUCUGCUUUUGGGUUAUGUCUGCAGCUCGUCAGAUACAGAAAAUCAGGAAAGCUUAUUUCAGGAAAAUAAUGCGAAUGGAUAUAGGCUGGUUUGACUGUACAUCUGUAGGAGAACUGAACACCCGACUUUCUGAUGAUGUUAACAAAAUUAAUGAGGCUAUUGCUGAUCAAGCAGCAAUCUUCAUCCAGCGCAUAACUACCUUUGUAGGUGGAUUCCUAUUGGGAUUUGUCAGUGGCUGGAAAUUGACCUUGGUUAUCAUUGCAGUCAGCCCUCUGCUUGGGGUUGGAGCAGCUCUCUAUGGCUUGGCUGUGGCAAAACUAACAGGCCGAGAAUUAAAGGCUUAUGCAAAAGCUGGAGCUGUGGCUGAUGAAGUGCUCUCAUCCAUCAGAACAGUGGCUGCUUUUGGUGGGGAGAAGAAAGAAGUUGAAAGAUAUGAUAAGAACUUGGUGUUUGCUCAGCACUGGGGAAUUCGAAAAGGGAUUAUAAUGGGAUUAUUCAGUGGUUACAUGUGGUUUAUAGUUUUUCUAAGUUAUGCAUUAGCCUUUUGGUAUGGCUCUAAACUUGUCCUUGAGGAAGAAGAAUAUUCGCCCGGCACUCUUCUGCAGGUUUUCUUUGGUGUUUUAAUAGGAGCAUUAAAUCUUGGCCAGGCAUCUCCCUGUCUGGAAGCCUUUGCCACUGGUCGUGGGGCUGCAACAAACAUUUUUGAGACAAUAGAUAAAAAACCAACCAUUGACUGCAUGUCAGAAGAUGGCUACAAGCUGGAUAAAGUACGAGGUGAAAUUGAAUUUCAUAACGUAACAUUUAAUUAUCCAUCCAGACCAGACAUAAAGAUUUUGGAUAACCUUAAUAUGGUGAUUAAAGCAGGAGAGACGACAGCUUUUGUUGGAGCUAGUGGAGCUGGGAAAAGUACAACAAUACAGCUCAUCCAGCGUUUCUAUGACCCCACUGAUGGCAUGAUUACCCUGGAUGGCCAUGACAUUCGUUCCCUGAAUAUCCAGUGGCUGCGAUCACAGAUUGGCGUAGUUGAACAAGAGCCGGUGCUCUUUGCCACCACGAUUGCAGAGAACAUUCGCUAUGGGCGGGACGAGGCUACCAUGGAAGACAUAAUCAAAGCAGCCAAACAGGCCAAUGCUUACAAUUUCAUCAUGGAUUUACCACAGAAAUUUGACACUCAUGUUGGAGAGGGUGGAAGCCAGAUGAGUGGAGGUCAAAAACAGAGGAUAGCUAUUGCUCGAGCUUUGGUGCGAAAUCCCAAAAUCCUGCUCCUGGAUAUGGCUACGUCAGCACUGGAUAAUGAAAGUGAAGCAAUUGUCCAAGAAGCACUUCAUAAGGCUCGCCUCGGCCGCACCGCGAUCUCCAUCGCUCACCGCCUGUCAGCCAUCAGAGCCGCCGACGUCAUCGUCGGGUUUGAGCACGGCAGGGCUGUAGAGAGAGGAACUCACGAGGAACUCUUGCAGAGGAAAGGGGUUUAUUUCAUGCUGGUGACCUUACAAAGCAAAGAAGACACAGCACCUAACACAGAAGAAACAGAAACAGCAGAGAAUAAUGUGGUUGAGCCAAAUCUUGAGAAUGUCCAGUCAUUCAGCAGAGGAAGCUAUCGGGCCAGUUUGCGAGCUUCACUUCGGCAGCGCUCAAGAUCCCAGCUCUCUAAUGUGGUCCCUGACCCUCCACUGUCUAUUGGAGGAGAUCCUGCAGAGUCUACCUAUCUUACACCUUCUUACGAAGAAAAUGAUGGAAAAGCAAAAAAGGAAUCUGUUGUGGAGGAAGAUGCCAAGCCUGUACCAUUUACCAGAAUUUUGAAAUACAAUGCCUCUGAAUGGCCCUACCUGGUGCUUGGAUCUCUGGCAGCAGCUGUGAAUGGAGCCGUCAAUCCACUCUAUGCUUUGUUAUUCAGUCAGAUUCUUGGGACCUUCUCCAUUCUUGAUGAAGAAAACCAAAAAAAACAGAUCAAUGGUGUCUGUGUGCUCUUUGUCUUAGUUGGAGUUCUUUCACUUUUCACACAGUUUCUCCAGGGAUACACCUUUGCCAAAUCUGGUGAGCUGCUUACAAGACGGUUAAGGAAAAUUGGUUUCCAGGCUAUGCUUGGGCAAGACAUUGGUUGGUUUGAUGACCGGAAGAACAGCCCCGGUGCUUUGACUACCAGGCUUGCAACAGAUGCCUCACAGGUCCAAGGGGCAACUGGAUCGCAGAUAGGAAUGAUUGUCAAUUCCUUUACUAACAUUGGGGUAGCCGUGGUCAUUGCCUUCUACUUCAGCUGGAAAUUGAGUCUGGUAAUAAUGUGUUUCCUGCCAUUUUUGGCUUUAUCUGGAGCUGUGCAGGCUAAAAUGCUGACAGGAUUUGCCUCACAGGACAAGAAAGCACUGGAAGCUACUGGACGGAUUGCCAGUGAAGCUCUCUCUAAUAUCAGAACAGUAGCUGGGAUAGGAAAAGAGAAAAUGUUUAUUGACAAUUUUGAGAAGCACCUGGAUUUGCCCUACAGAGCUGCAAUCAAAAAAGCACACGUGUACGGACUCUGCUUUGGCUUUGCCCAGAGCAUUGUGUUCAUUGCCAACUCCGUCUCUUACCGAUAUGGGGGAUUUCUGGUUAGCACUGAGGGGCUCCAUUACAGCUUUGUGUUCAGGGUGAUCUCUGCAAUUGUCACCAGUGGAACUGCUUUGGGAAGAGCUUCUUCCUAUACCCCAAACUAUGCCAAAGCCAAAACAUCUGCCGCACGCUUUUUUCAACUGGUUGAUCGACAUCCUAAAAUCAGUGUUUACAGUGAAAAAGGGGAAAAAUGGGAUGAUUUCAAGGGAAGCAUUGAAUUUCUUAACUGUAAAUUCACAUACCCUUCUCGGCCUGAUAUUCAGGUCCUGAAAGGACUCUCUGUAUCUGUUAAGCCUGGACAGACUUUGGCAUUUGUUGGAAGUAGUGGCUGUGGUAAGAGCACCAGUGUCCAACUUCUGGAGCGUUUCUAUGACCCUGAGAAAGGAAGUGUGUUAAUAGAUGGACAUGACUCUAAGAACGUAAAUGUGCAGUUUCUUAGAUCAAAAAUCGGAAUAGUGUCACAGGAGCCUGUGCUAUUUGACUGCAGCAUUGCUGAUAAUAUCAAAUAUGGCAGUAACACAAAAGAAGCAACGAUGGAAAAAGUCAUAGAAGCAGCCCAGAAGGCUCAGCUGCAUGAUUUUAUCAUGUCUCUGCCUAACAAAUAUGAAACCAAUGUUGGGGCUCAGGGAUCCCAGCUGUCUCGUGGGCAAAAGCAACGCAUUGCCAUAGCAAGGGCCAUCAUACGAGACCCUAAAAUUUUAUUACUGGAUGAAGCUACAUCUGCCUUAGACACGGAAAGUGAAAAGACUGUGCAGGCAGCACUUGAUAAAGCCAGAGAAGGGCGCACCUGCAUCGUCAUUGCCCACCGCUUGUCCACCAUCCAGAAUGCUGACAUCAUUGCUGUAAUGUCACAGGGACUCAUCAUUGAAAGGGGCACUCAUGAUGAACUGAUGGCUAUGGAAGGAGCCUACUGGAAGCUUGUUACUACUGGAGCCCCAAUUAGCUGAAUUACUGUGAUUCUAACUUUGUAAGAUUUCUGUAAGCAAAUACUUUGUGGUAGGUACAUGUAUGUUGGUGCUCCAUUGCACUACAGAGUGAGUGCUCUACAAUACAGUGAGAUCUGUAGAACACUGAAUGCAUGUAGCUGUCUGCAUCAAGCACACUUGUCCAGCACAUGCAAGGCACUAAGCACAGGCUGAUGCAUUCAGGAAGUAUCUUAGCCCACUGAUAAGGGAAAAAAAGCCUGAAACUGGGAAAGAUCUUUCCUGGUGAUCUGGGGAGUUGCCAAUACCUGCAGUCAGACUGCACAGUUCUGUCAUGCCUCAACUAGUGAUCAAGGAAGACACUGGUGUUCAGGAAACUGCCCUUUCUCUAGGUAAGCUAAAUGAAUGAAAACAACUCCUCAAAUUAUGUUGUACAUCUGAAGGGGUCAAAUCUGUCCUAACGUUUGGUCUGCAGACGAUUUCAGCAUAGGCCUUUCCUGUGCAUGCAGAAGCCCCACUCUUUCACCCACUGUACCACACACGUCAGUGGUGCUGUUGGGGGAGGCUGGGCUUCCCCUGUGUGCACCUGCAGCACUGACACAGCUGUGCCCCUUCAACAAACGGUCAGAACUUACAAAGAAGGCAGCUUCACUAAAGUAAGGAAAGCAACCAAGGUAAGGAACAGAAGCUGGUGAGCAUAAUUUCCUAGCCCACCACUCUCCACCUAACACUUAUCAUUCUAAUCAGCUGUCAAAAAUAUUUUUGAAUAGGAAUAAAUGCCUUGGUUAAAUUAAUGUAAAAUUCUAUGGUUAAUCAUCAGUUAUUUAAACCACUUCUACUGAAAUGGUAAUGGAUAUGUUCUUUUCUUCAGAAGGUAAUACAAUCAUGAGUGAAAGUGGAAAAAAUAGGCAUAAUUAGUUCUUUGUAUUAAAUACAGUUGAUAAACAGAGUAACAAUAUAUUCAGAAACAACAAAGGUCAGGAAGGAGCUUCUUUUGGGAGAAACUUGUAUCUGUUACAGUUUACUGUAGCAUCUACCAGAAGUUGCAUUGAAAUAUGUUAUUUUUUAUUGUCUGCAGCAGAACAGGACUGUUUCCUUUAGUGACUAGGAUCUUGGAGAAAAGCAGAUAGAAAGAAAGUAUAGAUUACAGUUUCAAUAUUUAAAUAUUGAUAUUAAACAACAGUGUAUCAACUGGAAAUGUUAUUCUCCAUGUCCUAAAAUCUGCAUCUGGGCUGGGUGGGUAAGUCACACCGCUUCUUAUAAAAUACUGCAACAGUAGCAGUACAUAAAUAGAGCUGUAAGUGUAAACAGCUUAUUAGGAUACAUCCCUUAAUUCCAGGCAGCAAAAUCCAAUUUCAACUUUUCUACAACUCCAUUAACAGAAUCACUGCCACAUACCCUGCUGAAAUCACACAGCCAGCACUGAAAUGGCUAUCUCUCUAAGAAAGUCUGUAUUUUAAACCUUAACGGAAAAGUAAAAGCUGCAUUAUUUGCUUUAAUCUUUUUAAUCUUUUAAGCACUAAGUAGUUUGAUGGCUCAGGAAACUAUUGGCAGACUGACUAUCAAUAACCUGCACACAUGUGUAUGUGAUAUUUAAUUAAUAUUAUUAUUUAAGGCCACAGAAAAAGAAUUACUCUUCAUUAAAAAUUACAAUGACUAUGUAAACUUAUUUCAUAAUUCUUUUUCAUAAAGGGCAAUAACUUUGUAACCAAAUUAAAUCAAUAAAUUGUAUUUUUUUAAUGA